AUGUCUCUAUUCUUCAGUCGAUGUUACUCAAGUGCUUCACCGCUCGUAAAAGCUACGUCUGGAUCAGUUGGAUUUGAUAUUAAGUCCUUUGAACAUUUGAUUUUACCCGUUGGAAAGACAGUAAUUGUGAAAACAGGAAUUAAAGUAAAACCCCCUGAAGGAACCUACGUUAGAAUUGCUUCACGUUCUGGCCUCGCAUCUCAAGGUAUUAUUGUCCAUGGAGGCGUAAUAGAUCCUGACUACACUGGUGAAAUCAAAGUUAUCCUUCACAAUUGCUCGGAUAGACAUUUCAUCAUUAAUAAAGAUAUGAAAAUUGCCCAGUUAAUUGUUGAAAAGGCGGAAUUUCCCGAAUUAAUCGAGGUGGAACACAUAGUUGAUUGUAGUGAGCGUGGAGAGAAGGGAUUUGGAUCCUCUGGACUUUAG